AUGAACAAGUCUGUUGGAAAAAUCAUCGAAUGUCAUCGUCAGCAUGCUCAGGGCAGCAGGGAUGAUGUGAGUGGUUUUGUGGAUCCUGGCCUGGCAGUCCAGGAUGCACAGGACCUCUAUGCAGCUGGAGAAAAGAUUCGGGGUACUGAUGAGAUGAAAUUUAUUACCAUCCUUUGCACCCGGAGUGCCACACACUUGAUGAGAGUGUUUGAUGAAUACCAGAAAAUUGCCAAUAAGAGCAUCGAAGACAGCAUUAAGAGUGAGACCCAUGGUUCCCUGGAGGAAGCAAUGCUCACUAUAGUGAAGUGCACCCGGAACAUUCACAGUUACUUUGCAGAGAGACUGUACUAUUCCAUGAAGGGAUUAGGAACUUGGGAUGGUACCCUGAUCCGAAAUAUUGUUUCAAGGAGUGAAAUCGACUUAAACCAAAUCAAGUGUGAGUUUAAGAAGUUAUAUGGAAAGUCUCUUUCUAGCAUGAUCAUGGGAGACACUAGUGGAGACUACAAGACAGCUCUGCUGAAUCUGGUGGGAAGCGACUCCUGAAGCUUCCAGAGAUGGAAGAGGAACAUCAGAGAAGGGAAUUCGGAGGGAUAUCCACACACUUCAGGACACCAUUGUUGCCAAUACUGGGGAAUUAUACCCAAUUAGCUUUUAUUUUGGAAGUUUCUAUUUUCUUUCUGUUUUGUUUUGUUUUAUUUUUACAAAAUCUCCAAUCCUUUCAAGUUUGUAUCUCGGGCAGGAGACACCAAGCAUCACUCACAUAUGAGCUGUCAAUCUAUCCACCUUCAUCCUUGCACAAGUUCCACAACAGAAGAUAGCCCAGGCUGUAUGUCAGGCUGAAUAAGAAAACCUCGGGGACCCAAACAAUAAGAACUUGGUAUUAAAUAGAAGUCCAAUACCACAGUGUCUUUGACAGCCCUCAGAUAAGCAAUACUCUGAGUGAAAAUAGCAGGAAAUACUAAAUUUGGACAAUAGAAUUAAAUCCAUUUAAUUCAAGGCAAAUUCUCACAAGGAUUUAAUUAGGAAUGACUGAAAACAGAACAUCAUUAUAACUACUUGGAACGUUUAUAAAUUAUCACCAGUAUUUUUUUAAUCCAUCAUCAUCAUCUAGAAAUCCUGGUGGAUGUUAAAUUUCAUGACCUGGAAAGCUUAUGCUAAUCAAUACUUGCCAAAUCAUCUGCUCCUGGGGCCUGAAAGGAGGAUGGGGUAGAGCAGAGAACAUGGUAGCUGGAGCCCGUUAGCAGUCGAUGACAGUGAUUCAAUUCUGAGAAUGACCGACUGUGUUUAUGACUUUACAAUAGGUGGCACUCUCUGCCCAGAGAAAUGCUGAAUUCUUUGUUGUAAU